GGGAAGAAGGCAACGGCAUAGCGAUCGGUGAUUUGCCAUCCAUAAUUGGCUUUCUGUUAUUUCUUUCUUUGAUCCAUGAAGAUCAUACACACACCAUCCAACUUCACCUCCAAUAUGGAACUCUCUGAUCUUAUAUCCCCUUCCAACAAUUCCCCCACUUCAACAACACCCCAUCUCCCAUGUCCAUCCGCAAAGAAUUUCUCCUCACCGCAUUGGCAGCAUCUGCCACUCUUCUCGUCGCCGCCGCCGCACUCAAGAGAUGGAAGCAAAGGAAACAAUGGCAGUUGAAGCAAGCACAUCGAAUCCUCCGCAAGUUUGCUCGAGACUCUGCAACUCCCGUCCCCAAACUCUGGCAGAUCGCCGAUGAUUUGGAGUCCGACAUGCGAGCCUCCAUUGCUUCCGUUAAUGGGACCUCUUCCAAUUCCUCUCUCAAAAUGCUCGUCUCCUACACCAAUGCUUUUCCCAAUGGAGAUGAGGAAGGGUUCUAUUAUGGGCUUAAUUUGCGGGGAACCAAUUUCUUGAUUUUGUGCGCUCGGCUUGGGGGAAAGAAUGCCCCCAUCUCUGAUAUUCAUCGUGAGGAGAUCCCGAUCCCUCCCAAUGUGAUGAAUGGCAAUACUGAGGAUUUGUUCGACUUCAUUGCUAUGGAGGUUGGGAAAUUUGUUUCUGCUCAUCCAGAAAAUGUAUAUGAACCGGUGAAGAGAACAGAGCUGGGGUUUACAUUGUCAUAUCCGGUGGAUGAUGCUGCGGCCUCAUUGGGAAAUGUAAUCAAAUGGAAUAGUUUCUCUGCCGAUGACACAGUUGGAAAGAAUAUGGUGAACAGCAUCAAUCAGGCUUUGACUAACCAUGGUGUAAACCUGCUGGUCUCUGCAAUGGUUGAUGAUACUGUUGGGAAUUUAGCUGGAGGUAGAUACUACUGUAGGGACAGUGUGGCUGCUAUAACUUUAGGCAUGGGCACCAAUGCUGCCUAUAUAGAGUCAGGACAAGAACUUGCUCACUUGAAUGGACCAUCACCAACCUCAAGGGAGGUGGGGGUCAGCAUGGAAUGGGGCAAUUUUUGUUCACCACAUCUUCCGAUAACUGAGUUUGAUACUUCUCUAGAUUCUGAAAGUUCAAGUCCAGGUAGUCAGGUAUUCCAAAAGUUGGUAUCAGGAACCUACUUGGGAGAGAUUGUGAGAAGAAUUCUAGUAAAAAUGGCACAGGAAACAUUAUUAUUUGGGGACCCUGUUCCUUCAAAGCUUAUGACCCCUUAUGUGUUAAGGUCACCUGAUAUGGCUGCAAUGCAUCAGGAUACAUCAGAAGAUCGAGAGGUGGUCGAUGAAAAGCUGAAAGAAAUUUUUGGGAUAACUGAUUCAACUCCAAUGGCAAGAGAAAUUGUUGCUGAGGUAUGCGACGUCGUGUCAGAACGUGCAGCCCGUCUUGCUGGAGCUGGCAUUGUGGGGAUCGUUAAAAAGCUUGGGAGGAUUGAAAACAAAAGAAACAUAGUAACAGUGGAAGGAGGGCUUUACGAGCAUUAUAGGGUGUUUAGAAACUAUCUCAAUAGCAGCAUAUGGGAAAUGCUUGGAAAUGAACUCUCAGACAAUGUGAUAGUGGAACAUUCUCAUGGUGGGUCUGGCGCUGGAGCUGUGUUCCUCGCUUCAUCCCAGAAAGAAAACUUCGAUUUUGAACUUUUCAACAUUGGAUGAGUGACUAGAUCACCAUUUUCCUUCUUCACUUGUAAGCAUAUAUAGAUUUAGUUCAGAGGCAGGCAGUUAUUGCCUUUCCUUAUGUCAGUUAAAUCCUGGAAGCUAAAAGAAAGAAACCAAUAGACUUGCCUCUUGGUUUUCUUGAAUAGAAUAUGCCAAAGAUAUGAAUGCAUAGAUAGUAAAACAAACUGAAAUCUCCUCUC